UAAAUCUCUCCUCGUGACGAGUUAAAGCUGCGCCGUCCAACCGGAACAAAAUUGACCGAAUUUGUUUUGAAAUUUUGCAUGCAUCCAGGUUAAGUGCUAAAAUGACGAACCGGACGGCGUAUUUUUAUGAUCCAGAUGUUGGAAACUUUCACUAUGGUGCUGGACACCCCAUGAAGCCCCAUCGGUUGUCCCUAACUCACAGUCUUGUCUUACAUUAUGGCCUGUACAAGAAAAUGAUGGUUUUCAAACCGUACAAGGCGUCACAGCAUGAUAUGUGUCGUUUUCAUUCAGAAGACUACAUAGAUUUUUUGCAGAAGGUCAGCCCGAACAACAUGCAGGGUUUCACAAAGAGCCUUAACACCUUUAAUGUAGGAGAUGAUUGUCCUGUCUUUCCAGGACUGUUUGAGUUUUGCUCCAGAUACACUGGUGCGUCGUUACAAGGAGCAACUCAGUUGAACCAUAAGAUUUGUGACAUUGCUAUCAACUGGGCUGGAGGACUACACCAUGCAAAAAAGUUUGAGGCUUCCGGAUUUUGCUACGUGAACGACAUUGUCAUUAGUAUACUUGAACUGCUUAAGUACCAUCCACGCGUGCUCUACAUCGACAUUGACAUUCAUCACGGUGACGGGGUGCAGGAAGCAUUUUAUCUUACAGAUCGAGUCAUGACCGUGUCCUUCCAUAAAUAUGGAAACUAUUUUUUUCCAGGAACAGGUGACAUGUAUGAAGUUGGGGCUGAGAGUGGCCGCUACUACUGCCUGAAUGUGCCUCUGCGUGAUGGGAUCGACGACCAAAGUUACAGACAAUUGUUUCAGCCAGUGAUCAAGCAAGUGGUGGACUUCUACCAGCCAACCUGUAUUGUGCUUCAGUGUGGAGCAGACUCGCUGGGCUGUGACAGACUCGGGUGCUUUAAUCUCAGUAUACGAGGUCAUGGGGAAUGUGUGGAGUUUGUGAAAAGUUUCAAGAUCCCUCUACUUGUGCUGGGAGGAGGAGGAUACACCGUGCGCAACGUGGCUAGAUGUUGGACAUAUGAAACUUCUUUGCUAGUCGAAGAGUCCAUUAGUGAUGAGCUGCCUUAUAGUGAAUACUUUGAGUAUUUCGCUCCUGAUUUUACACUUCAUCCAGAUGUUAGCACUAGGAUCGAGAACCAGAACUCCAGACAGUACUUGGAACAAAUUCGUCAGACCGUCUUUGAGAACUUAAAAAUGCUGAACCAUGCACCUAGUGUUCAGAUCCACGACGUGCCCUCGGAUCUGCUGAGUUAUGAGCGCACAGAUGAUGCUGAUCCUGAUGAGAGAGGUUCAGAAGAGAACUAUUCCAGGCCUGAGGCAUCAAAUGAAUUUUACGAUGGCGACCAUGACAAUGACAAGGAGAGUGACGUGGAAAUCUGAACUCCGUCCUGAAGAAAAGUCAUCUCCUCUUUUUCGGUUGUUUAUAAAAAAAAAAAGGACUGUUUUGUAAAUGCUUUAAAAAGUGAAGAACUAGUCGUAGAUGCCUUUUUUUUGUUUUUGUUUUGUUAAACAAGCCAGUUUAGCAUUUUUUUUGACUUGCCACUUAUCCUGUGUACCAAUGUUUAUCUUGAGUAAUUUCUUUCGUAUGUUAAAUUCGCUGGGUAUAAAACCUGUAUGUAACGUUCUGAAACCACGGCAUGAAAUAUUCAUACCGUGUCCAAAUCAACCAGGCCUGGCUUCACGAAGCGGCAUGUGACACACCUACACAGAGACAUUUUAAUACUGAAAUGUGACGUAUGCAAUUAUUACAUACAUUGUAUUAUACAAAGAAUACAUGCUGGCAUAUUUAAAAAAUGUGGUUAUUCCAAAAACGUUUACAAAAUGGAAGGUUUUCUGUCUGCUACUCUUCACAGUCGGGAUUAAGAGUUUAGCUACACUCCAGGAAAAUAGCUGGUACAGUUGCAGAUUUACAGCUCGGAGGUUGUGAAGUCAGAGAUAUAUAUAUAUAUAUAUAUUAAACCAAAUUUCCCCUUCAGGAUCAAUAAAAUCCCAAAUCAGGAACCCACUGGUGUACGAACAACCAGAUAUCAAACUUAUAUCUGUGAAAACCGUGAAGAAAUCCCCCGAAACAACAGUGCAAUCACCAAAAAACUUCCAUGGAGUAGUGGUGAAAGUAUCACAAUCGACAGUUUGAGGAGAAAUGUAGAAGAAUUUUCACGAGAUGCAGACCACUCAUCAGCACUAACAAUCAUAAAGCCGGAUCGGAAUUCGGAGAAAUACAGAGAUGAGCUACGGAUGUUUCGAAACCUCUACCAAAGCGUGGAGAAAAAGGAUCUGCUCGUGAUCCGAAGCAUACAGGCUCGUCGGUCGAGCACGGUGGAGGUAGCGUCAUGGCUUCGGCUUGCACGGCUGGUUCCGGAACGUUGUUUAUUAACGACGCAAGUCGCGAUGUUAGCAGCAGAAUGAAUCCGGAAGUCUAUGGAAAGAUUCCGUCUUGCUAGUUUACAGAGAAAUGCAUCCGAUUUAAUUGGGAGGAAGUUCGUCUUGCACCAAGACGACAACCCAAAACACGCUGCCAACACAAUGAAAGCACUUCAUCAGGGGGAAAAGUGGAAGGUUUUAGCCUGGCCAAGUCAAUCACCAGACCUUUACCCAAUUAAACAUGCAAUGCGUGGUACAUUUUUGGAAAUAGUCUGGCACUGAUGGAUGGAUUUAUCCUGGAGGGGAAAUUUGGGAAAAGUGUAAUUAACUCCACAUGCUCACCUAAGCUCAAACACAAACCCAUGACCUCAGAGCUGCAAGGCCACACCUCUACUACUUUAUCAGAAAUGUUCUGUUAACACACUCCCUGAUUAAAGUAAAAAAAACGCCAGUGCUCAUCCUGAUGCAUUUAUUUAUUAUAAUUUGUACAACUGAGCAGUUGGCAGCGCUGGGAUUUAAACCGUCAACCUUCCAAUCAGUAGUCCAAUCUAACUAGCAGAUCUUGCCGCCCCCCGCCCGCCCCAAACUGAACUUAUUUGUCAUUCAGAUAGGUAGCAGGGUGUCCACAGACUAAAGUCUAACCCAAGUGGCAACGCUGUCACGUGUGGUUGAAUAAACCUCAUUAAAGUGAAUCGGUAAAGAACAGAAUAUCUCCGGGAGAAUUGUUCCAGCCGUUUUUUCCAGGAACUGUUUAUGAACCACUUAUAGGGCAGCUACAUGUAUAUAGCACACCUAUCGCUUCCAACACGGAGAAGUCAUUGUCAACAAUUAUUUGCAACGUUGUUCCUUUGAUUAUGCGACUAAAACUAAGAAACACAACGUUAACGAUGACAUUAGCCGCUGAAAAAGCUUCUGAAGCGUCUUUAGCCCUUCGUUUUUGAAACGUCUGAAGCGUAUGGUUUUAAAUGAAGGGAGAUCCCCGGUCUCCUCGGAUAUUUGCUUUAUGCAUAGAGCCCUUCGCACAGAAUAUACGAAUGAACUCUUUAAUAAAUGGUCUUAUAAUUGAAGACUUGCAUCGUAUGCGGAUGAUGCGACGUCGUUUUUAACACGUGUGGAAACGUCAUUACCCUCGCUGUUAGAAGAGAUACGAGUUAUAUGGAGAUUUGUCAGGAUGUUAAUGAAAUUUUAGUAAGACAGACGCUAUGGAAACUUGGGGGGGGGGGGGGGGGGGGGGGGCUACAAAAGGAUUUUAAAAAGAAAUAUGAUAUUCAAUGGAACCAAUCUCCUUGCAGUUCUCACCUGGUUUCCUGCUGAUGCUAAGCGGGUUGAGCUUGGCCAGUAUCUGGAUGGAAGACCUCCUGGGGAAAACUAAGGUUGCUUCUGGAAGUGGUAUUAGUGAGGCCAGCAGGGGGCGCUCACUCUGUGGUCAGUGUGGGGCGUAAUACCCCAGUAUAGUGACUGAGACCACUAUACUGUAAAAAACAGUCUUUCGGACGAGACGUUAAACCGAGCUCCUGACUCUCUGUGCUUGUUAAAAAUCCCAGGACAUUCAUCGUAAAAGAGUACGGGUUUAAUCCCAGUGUCCUGGCGAAAUUACCCCAUUGACCCUUCUCCAUCACGCUCCCCUAAUAAUCCCCAUCUCCGAAUCGGGUGCAAUUCGGAACCACGCGAUCUCCAUACUGGCAAAAAUACGCUUGGAAAAUUAAUAUGCGAUGUUUUUACACCACCAGAAAUUCCUUCUAAGUGCAAUCAUCGAUCUUCGGGAUGCUGGAGAAGCCGUGGUGAAUUUAAAGCUCGUUACACUCAUUUUAGACUUGUAUAAAAUAUAUAAAAUUAUAAUGAUAAAAAAAAUCUGGACAGAAGUUAUUCAGGUAAUGGAAGAAAUAAUAAUAAUAAAAAAAUAAAUAAAUAAAAAACCCCAAAUAUAAUAAAGAUACAAAAUAUAGUUCUGGGUAUUGGACCGACAGUAUUCUACUCAAUAAAGAUGAGUUAUACUUAUUGAGAAUUACAGCCUUUAAAGCAAUAACUAAAUUUAGGAAAAGGCGAGAAUCCUCAGAGGUUCUGUACGGAGGAACGGUCUGGGAUCCCUCGCCAUGUGUUCUCCAUCCUCAUCAGGCGUUACAGGAGAAGACUCGGAGCUGCCAUCUCGGCAAAGAGAUGUAGCACAAAGUACUGACUAAAAGCGUGCCAAAAAUUGUGGCACAUAUAUAUUUAACAAGG